ACGAUAUCGUGCGCUCGCGGCUCACAUCAGUGGCGAGUGACGCCUGGACCGCUACGGGCCUCCUCUUGGUCGACUCCAUCUGAAACGAGUGCCCGGCGCGGUGGGUGAAACAAACAUCAGCACCGCCCACUCCGUCUGUGUCGGGGCGCUCUUCAUAGCAGCUCGCGAGCAGAGGCAGAGAGAGAGAGGUGUUUGGUGGCGCCGGCGGCGGUCCCGGAAGAGAUCUAAAGCCAGGGAGAGAGACGGAGAGGGGCAGCUGCGGGGGGCGAUGCUGGAGAACGCGCGACCUCGCGUGUUCGCGAAGAGCGCGGAUCGCGUCCUCACGGAGCGCGACGAAGAUGAGACCGUCGUCGACGAGAUCGACUCCCGGGAAGUGUUCGAUCUGAUCCGAGGCAUCAAUGACCCUGAACACCCCCUCACGCUGGAGGAGCUCAAGGUGGUGGAGGAGGCUUAUGUCAGUGUGACCGAUGCGGAGAGCAUGGUGGUGGUGGCUUUCACGCCAACCAUCCCGCACUGCAGCAUGGCGACACUCAUCGGCCUCGCCAUCCGCGUCCAGCUGCUGCGCUGCCUGCCCGACCGUUUCAAGGUGGACGUGCACAUUGCUCCAGGCAUGCAUGCAUCAGAGCACGCAGUUAACAAGCAGCUCGCGGACAAGGAGAGGGUGGCAGCCGCGCUGGAGAACUCUCACCUACUCGGCGUUGUCAAUCAGUGUCUUGGUGGCCGCAAGCAGCAGUGAGGAGGAUGCCACGUGCUAAUGUUAGGGCUUGCUGAAUAUUCACUUCAAACAAUUGAAGGGGGAAUGGAUUUUGUCCCUUUCUAGUCCAGGAUCUCAGGAAAAAGAUGGCUCUGAAUCCCAGUCACUUCCUGUAUCUGAGAAUAAAUGACAUGAUUUGUAGUUGGGUUUAAUUAAAAAGAGAAAAAUAUGCAGAAAUGUUUUAUUUAAGCUCUCAACCUAUACUGUCAACUCUAACAUUUACACUGGGCCUCUCCAAACUAUGGUCCUUGUGCCCCCCUCCAUGACCGAGGUUUAUAUUUUUAACCAAUGAUCAUAUUUUUCCAGCUUCUAAUUACUUAAUAUGCAUAUUGACUCAAUGGAGAACCGUAUUGCAAUGUCACACUCAAACAUUACUUCAGCUGCCAGGGUUGAGGUGAGCUGCUGUCAGCUUGAUUACGCACGUUUAAAUAUAUUUGUUGUAAAUACUGGUGAUGUAGAUCGCUUCAUACAGGACAUGUUGCACAGGGUUGAUGUUUCAAUUCACAUAGCUACUCAGUAUCUAUUUGGAAGAUGAAUAUUCAAAGCACAACCAUCUGCUGAAAUGAAAUAUACUUUAAACUCGGACAUGGAUGAUUGACCCUGUGAAUGGAAAAUGCACGUGCUGCUUUUUUAUGGCUGCUUAAUGUUGAUGGCAUCCUGAUGUGGCGGGUAUCAGCCACAAUAUGAAAAACAA